UGUGGCGCUGAGUUGUAUGUCAUCCUUCGUGAUACACGCAGCGACCGAGAAGAUAGCUUCUCGCUCCCCGUGAGCCCCUGUGAGCAGAGGUCAACACGGACGGUCUGGCUUGGAAGGUAUCGUGCCACACACAAUCCAAACGAUGCGCGUUCGUUUGUUCGCCUUCCCCCCGGCACCUCCGAUUGACAACGGUUGGCUGCGUACUGGAGCAAUCAGCUACAUGGAUGAAAUGUCAGAGGAGGAGAUGACCGAACUUGCCCUCCAGAUGAGCCUGCAGGAGAUGUUCGCGUCGUACGAGCGCAAAUCUUCAGACGCGGGCGAGAGCACCUGUACCAAUUCAGAUUUGUUUGUAAAGCUGACCGAAGCCAUCACCAAAGGCGAGCUGGACGGCGUGAAGGGCCUCUUGAGGCACAGCAGGGCUCCGUGUGAAUGGGACGAGGACGGUUGGAGCGUCCUGCACAGGGCAGCCGCUCAAGGAGACGCCGAGAUCCUGAGAGCCGUGGUCGACGCGUGUCCGUACAGCAUCUGGGAGCAGACAACCUCCGACGGAGACACUGCCCUGUCCCUCGCCAUAAAAGGUGGACACACGGAGAUCGUGCGUCUGAUGCUGGAGAGGGGCUUCGAUGCCAAUGAGCCGUGUGGAAACGAAGAAACUCCACUCUACGCUGCCGUCAAGCGCGGCUCGCUGCCGGCGGCCGAGUUGCUGCUGCGCUACGGGGCCAACGUCAACCACGGGCACCACAACCGCUGGACGGCGCUGCACGAGGCCGCGCGCCUGGGCCGUCGCGACUUCGCCGCGCUGCUGCUGCGCAACCGCGCCUACGUGGACCAGAAGACGGCCUUUGGCUUCACGGCGCUGGCCAUAGCGGCGCAGCACGGGCACGCGGACGUCCUGAGGCUGCUGCUGGAUCGCGGCGCGAACGUCCUCGCUCAGGCGGAGGACGCCGCCACGGUGCUGUACGAGGCGAGCAGCCACGGCCACAUCGACUGCAUCACGCUGCUGCUUCAGCACGGAGCGAACCCCAACAUCCCCAACGCCACGGGCCACCUGCCCAUCCACCGCGCCGCUUUCAAGGGCCACGUCCGGGCGGUGAAGCAGCUGCUGCUGGAGACGCGGGAGCGCGCGGUGGAGCGGAGCGGCGUGAGUCCGCUGCACUCGGCCGUCGCCGGCGGCCGAGUCGACUGCCUGAAGGUGCUGCUGGAGAGUGGCUACGACCCCGACUUCCUGCUGGCCGACCACGUCGCCGUGAACUACACCGACAACCGCCGCUCGGCGCUCUUCUUCGCCGUGUGCAACGGCGACAUGGAGGCCACCAAGCUGCUGCUCAACGCCGGCGCCAAGGUCAACCAGGACCCCAUGAACGCGCUGCUGGUGGCCAUGCACCGUGGCGACCGCGAAACGGUGGCCCUGCUGCUGCGCCACGGCGCCAACGUCGACUGCCAGAUGGUGGUGAACACGACGCGCUUCCCCGCGGCACUGCAGUACGCCUUCAAGGACGAGUCGCUGCUGCGGGCGCUUCUCGACGCUGGCUGCGACGCGCGGCUCUGCUUCGAGUGCUCGCACGACGCCGAGGGCAGGCGGCCCUCCGGUCCCCGCGACCUGCCCGGGUGGUCGUCCUCUAUCAUCCAGGACACCGAGAUGUGCGAGAUGCUGACGCUGUCCUGGGUGGAACACCUGGCCGGCAGGGUGGUGCGAGUGCUGCUCGACUACGUGGACUUCGUGCCGAUUUGCGUGAAGCUCAAGGCCGUUCUGCGCAAGCACCCGGAGUGGGAGCAGAUCUCCCACAUCCUCGAGAACGCGCGGCCUCUCAAGCACCUGUGCCGGCUCGUGAUCCGCGAGAGGAUGGGCACCCUGCGGCUACGCUCGCCCGCCUUCCUGGAGCGAACGUUCCUGCCGCGAAGUCUCCGGGAAUACCUCCUCUACAUGGAGCGCGGCCAGAGCAUCGAACAAGGCCUCAGCGUUUAGCCUCGCCCACGUGGGUGGCACGACACCGACUAGUACUCUUGCACUAGGUCUCGGAACCCGGGGAGACAUGGGUUGUUGUGACCUAGGGUGUGCCACCUUAUCAGGUGCAAAACAAACGAGACACACCAUCGUAAAAAGAAUGUCUCACAAUACCGCAAGAGGGGAGAACUAUGUAUACCUGCAUUCUCUUAAGUGGCGAAAUCAGCUACUCUAGUGCCUUGUAUCGUGGUCUUGCAUUGCAACAACCUACGAAUAAUUUGCACGUUUUGCUACGUACGGUGCAAAAAGAAGUUCAACAUACAUACUUACAAUAAAUCUAGCUCGUGCACAAGAGCUGAUUCCUCACUCGAUCUCGGUGAUGGAUGUCUUCUCUAACAUGUUGCUUCCUCUGGUUGCUACUCCAUCGUGAUUGUUAACCAUUGGCCAUCAUCCCUUCCAGUGACAUGGCCUGUCCAAUCUCACUGUUCUUCAUAUGUAGUAUGAUGUCUCUAAUUCACACGUGUCCCCUCAUACAAUUCCUCUUUUUGUCUGUCAGUAUAGUUCCAAGCAUGGUCCUCUCCAUGCUUAUGUUAAAUGUUGUAAUCGUCCGUGUCUCUGAACCAUGUAUCAAUAGCAGGUAGAAUGCAGUGAUUCAAAACUUUCUGUUUUAGGUAUGUGGGUGGGUUACUUUUCAUUGUUACCCAGGACACCCUGGACAUCCUUGCAAACGAGAUGUUCCAUAUCUAGGGAUUAUCCAAGUUAAAUAUUUUAAUUGAAAAAUAAAUUUUACUUUUCAAAAACUGCUCUAUCCUAUUCUCAUUAGGUGACAGGAUGGGUAUUGUUGACUUCUGUCAUCAAUAAAAAAAUGUUCCUUUCACAACACUCCUUUCAUCACACAGGUCUGGAAAUAAACGCUUUGCCUCAA